AAAAAAAAAUAGAAUGGUGAAUCCAUCUUCUAUCACAGUGAAAAUAAAAUGAUUUUGGGUCUCUUAAAGUUUCAAUCUUUAAGCAAUUCUUGUUCUUCCACCUUUUGAUUCAUCUACCCUUUUGCAUUUAUUUACUGUAUCUUUUGUUGUAUACUUGAAUAUGGACACAAGAAAACUAAUACCCAUUUUAAGGGUUUGUGUGAAUUCCAAGUCAUUGAAGCAAGGAAAACUCAUCCAUAACAAAGUUGUAACUUUUGGUUUACAAAAUGAUAAUUUUUUGUGCAAAAACUUGAUUAGUCUAUAUGUUUCUUGCAAUUUGUAUGAUUAUGCAAAACAUGUUUUUGAUGCCAUUGAAAAGCCUUUUGAGAUAACUUUAUGGAAUAGUCUUAUGGCAGGUUAUACUAAGAAUUAUAUGUAUGUUGAAGCCCUAGGGCUUUUUGAUAAGUUGAUGCAUUAUCCUGAUUUGAAACCUGAUAGUUAUACAUACCCUAGUGUUCUUAAAGCUUGCGGUGGGCUUUGUAGGGUUGUGUUAGGGCAAAUGAUUCAUACAUGUUUGAUUAAAACUGGUUUAAUGAUGGACAUUGUUGUUGGAAGUUCUGUUGUUGGUAUGUAUGCUAAAUGUAAUGCAUUUGAGUAUGCUGUUCAGAUGUUCGAUGAAAUGCCUGAUAAGGAUGUGGCGUGUUGGAAUACAGUGAUUUCUUGUUAUUAUCAAAGUGGGAAAUUUGAAGAAGCUUUACGAUACUUUGGUAUGAUGAGGAGAUUUGGGUUUGUGCCUGAUUCGGUUACGGUCACAACUGCUAUUUCAUCGUGUGCUAGGCUUUUUGAUUUGGAUAGAGGAAGGGAAAUUCAUAAGGAGUUGGUUAAUAGUGGGUUUCAGCUGGAUUCUUAUGUUGGCUCUGCGCUUGUUGACAUGUAUGGAAAAUGUGGUCAAUUGGAAAUGGCUAUAGAGGUUUUCGAGCAAAUGCCUAAAAAGACUGUUGUUGCUUGGAAUUCGAUGAUUUCAGGAUAUGGUUUCAAAGGUGAUUGCUUUUCAUGCAUUCAACUUUUUAAGAGAAUGUACAGUGAAGGAGUCAAGCCAACUUUGACUACUUUGAGCAGUAUAAUAAUGGCUUGUUCACGAUCAGCGCGACUACUAGAGGGAAAAUUUGUUCAUGGAUAUAUUAUACGAAACAGAAUACAGCCUGAUGUUUUUAUUAAUAGCUCACUCAUGGAUCUGUACAUCAAAUGUGGAAAGGUUGAGUCAGCUGAAAACAUCUUUAAAUUGAUACCAAAGACAACGGCAGUUUCUUGGAAUGUUAUGAUUUCGGGAUAUGUAGCUCAAGGGAAACUUUUUGAAGCCCUUGGCCUCUUCAAUGAAAUGAGACAAUCAUUUGUUGAACCAGAUGCUAUUACUUUCACCAGUAUUUUAGCAGCUUGUUCGCAACUAGCUGCACUAGAGAAAGGUAAAGAAAUUCACAAUCUGAUUGUUGAGAGAAAUUUGGGAAACAAUGAAGUGGUUAUGGGGGCUCUCCUUGAUAUGUAUGCAAAGUGUGGUGCUGUAGAUGAAGCAUUUGGUGUUUUCGAAUGUUUGCCUGAAAGAGAUCUGGUGUCAUGGACUUCCAUGAUUACCGCUUAUGGGUCUCAUGGUCAGGUGUAUGAAGCUUUGGAGCUUUUUGCUAAAAUGCUGGCGUCAAAUGUGAAACCCGAUAGAGUUACUUUUCUUGCCAUAUUAUCUGCAUGUAGCCAUGCUGGAUUGGUUGACGAUGGAUUAUAUCAUUUCAAUCAAAUGAUCAAUGUGUACGGUAUCAAACCCAGACUUGAACAUUAUUCAUGCUUGAUUGCUCUUCUUGGACGUGCUGGAAGAUUACAUGAAGCUUAUGAGAUUCUACAAAGAAACCCUGAAAUCAGCAAUGAUGUUCAGCUGCUAAGCACCUUAUUUUCUGCAUGCCGUUUACACAAAAAUAUUGAUUUAGGGGUUGAAAUUGCAGAAAAACUUAUUGACAAGGAUCCUGAUGAUUCAUCAACCUAUAUCAUCUUAUCGAAUAUGUAUGCUUCUUUCGGCAAAUGGGAUGAGGUACGGAUGGUGAGAUCAAAGAUGAAAGAGCUUAGAUUAAAGAAGAAUCCGGGGUGUAGUUGGAUUGAGAUUAACCAGAAGAUCGUGCCUUUUUUUGUUGAAGACAAUUCACACUAUCAUCUAGAAGUGAUUAAUAAGUGCCUUUCAUAUCUCACUGGUCACAUGGAAGAUGAGCGUAAACCAAGUGAUAUAUCAUUUUGAUAUUAAAGCACAACAAUUUUACUAUCUCAAAUUAGUAAAGCAGGAUAAGCUUAGAAGAUGAACAUCAUGAGGAUCCUAAGACAAUGAUAUUUGGAGCUUGCAACUGGUCUUUUAAUUUAACUUAUCAAAUCCAAAUACACGGGCAUGAACAUCAUCUCGAAUUUGUUUUUUUAAAAGAGCAGGUGCGUCUACACAUACAAAUACACGGGCAUUGCAUAGAGUCUUCUCUCGGUCUAUAUUGUCGACCAAUGUACUAAAGAAGAAUAGGUUGAAUGUUAAAAUGGUAGUCUGGUACGCAAUGCUAAACAGAAGUUUUUUAACUAUAGCAGUAUGUUCCUGGACGUAACAAAUUAAAUUUGUGGCAAUAUGCCGAUAUGUACCCAUAGAGCCUAUUCUGUUCUGACUUGGGAAUCUGUUGGUGAUGCAGCUGGGGCUAGUGAGCAAACAAGUCUUACUAGACACAAAUCUAGACUCGUUACAGCGGUGCCUAAUGGAGACGAGGAGUUGGAAGAACAAGAUUUUGAAUUUUUAAGAUUAAAUUAUAAGUCCCGGAUGAAUUUUUGAACAAAAUCCCAAAAAGUAAAUCAAAUACCUUGUCGUCUAAGGCUUGAAAUGCUAGCUGCUAUGAUCAGCCUCCGGAUUUUGAAAACCACAGUUGGACCGGCACCAUAGAGUAUAUCUAUACCAACGUCAAUUUCCAUGUUAAAAAAUAUGUAUACUACAAAACAUUUGCACUUCAAUAAUAAUUUUUUAAAUUCCUUAGUAAUAUUCAGUCAAAAAAAUUAUAUAGUGGUUCAAAUAGUUGUUAGGUAAUAAUCUAGCAUAAAAAUCUCCGCAGUAAUAGAAUUAGAUUUUGUCAUAUAAAUAUUUUCUUACAGGUGCACACUGAUCGGUGUCAAAGGACUAAACUAGACUAAAAUAGUAAUAUUAGGUGUAAGCAACAUACUAUGUAACACAGUUUAUUGACCCGGUAUAAUAGAACACAGAUUUCUGUCUAAUACUAUGUCACAUAA